AUGUCGAAUCAAUACUCGUACGGAGGCAGUGGUGGAUACGGAGCCCCUCCUCCCGGCCAACAGGGCGGAUAUGGACAGCCUCCCCCGCAGCAGCAGUAUGGCGGCGCGGGUGGUGGCUACGGCGCUCCUCCUCCUCAGCAACAGGGCGGUGGCUACGGCGCACCACCUCCUGGUCAGCAGGGCGGCUACGGCGCCCCGCCUCCAGGUCAACAAGGCGGCUACGGCGGUGGUGGUCAGCAGCAACAGUCGUCGUACGGCGCACCUCCCCAAAACUACGGUCGACCGCAGGCGUACACCGCGUCGACCGGCCCGCCGCCGGGAGCAGACCCACAGCUGUGGCAGUGGUUCAUCGCGGUGGACCGUGAUCACAGCGGGCAGAUCAACGCGCAGGAACUCAGCCAAGCGUUGGUCAACGGCGACUGGACGCCGUUCGACCUGGAUACGGUCAAGAUGCUGAUGAGCGUGUUCGACGUUGACCGCAGCGGGCAGAUCAGCUUUAACGAGUUCGCCGGGCUGUGGAAGUACAUCCAAGACUGGCAAGGCGUGUUCCGACACUUUGACCAGGACCGAUCCGGCUCGAUCGACCAAGGCGAGCUCGCCAAUGCACUCCAGUCGUUUGGGUACAGGUUGUCGCCCAAACUGCUGCAUAUCGUAACACAGAAGUACAGUGGAAUGCCGUCGACGGGAGGGGGUCCUGCACGAGGAGCCGCUUCGGGCAUCACGUUUGACCGUUUCGUACGUGCGUGUGUGGUGAUCAAGACGCUUACCGAGAGCUUCCAACGCCACGACACCCAGCGUUCGGGUUGGGUCCAGAUCAACUACGAUACGUUUAUGGAGAUGUGUCUUUCCGCGCCCUGA